GGAAGUUGAUUUGACUUCCGAUGGGGCAGAAUGAGGGACUCGAUCAGCCAUCGUUCUUUUCUUUCCGGUCAUCAUGGGGUUCGAGAGGUUUGUGGAGUCUGGCCGUGUGGCAUACAUCAGCGAGGGCCCGUACCAGGGUAAACUAGCUGCCAUCGUCGACAUCAUCGACCAAAACAGAGUUCUGAUUGAUGGACCUGCGUCGGGAAUCCCCAGGGGGCAGAUUAGAUUGAGUCAGCUUCACCUGACGAAAUUCUGCAUUAAAUUCCCGUACACUGGCUCCACGAGGGUUGUCAGGAAAGCAUGGGAGAAGGCCCAGCUUGAUGAGAAGUGGAGCCAAACCAUGUGGGCUCGCAAGGUCGAAGCCAAGAAGAAGCGGGCUGAGUUGAGUGAUUUCGAUCGCUUCAAGCUCAGAAAAGCUCGCCAAGUCCGCAACAAAUUGAGGACAGAAGCUUUCUUCACACUUAAGAGAGCCAUCAAGAAGAAGGCGAGGCCAGCAAAGGGCGCCGCUAAAACCAUCAAGAAGACGACGACAAAACCAGCAAAGAAGUAAAAAUAUAAAUUUUGAAUAAAUGUUCUUUGAAAAAAAAA